GAAAUAGACGGACAUUUUUGGUCGUGCUCCCCGAAGAAAGCCACGUGAGAAAGCACAUGCGCGCUUAAUGUGCACACACGUAUUUUUUUAACUCGAAGGUAGACCAGGCAGUACUACGCUAACCUGUUGACGUUUAGCUAAAGUAUCCUUUGGGCAAACACUUUACAGUCGAGUACCGCUUCUUUUGAUUUUUAACGUGUUUUGGAGGUGUUGACACUGUGUUGAUGGUCCGUUGCGUGUUGACAGUAAAUUAGUAUGACCGCUCAGUAGUGGGUGUACACGUAACCUACAUCAUGUACAUGUACAUGUACUCUGUACACGUACAUGCAUGACCUGUUCUGUAUCUGCUGCAGGCAUCUACCUCCAUGAGCGAAGUCAAGAAACUUUUUAAAAGUUGGAAUAUCUGCAUAGGUAUCAGGAAUUAGAUCUUGUGUUUGGUCUUCUGUUCGUCUGAGUUAUUCCUUGAUUUUUAGUCUGAGUGGAGCGGCACUAGGGUUUGCUCUGCGACAGUCUUAUGGUCUGAAACCUCGUUACAGCAUUGUCAAGAGCUAUAGGUACAUGUACCUCAUGGUUGGUCUCAUGGGAAAAUAUGAUUGAAAAAGCGGAGUUUGCAUUGCUGGACUGCGUUACUGUAAAAGUCGAUUCAAAACACACAUAGUGCUACGACCCCAUGAAAAUAACAAGUCCUCCAAGUUACACGGAGUAGUGACUUGGAAUUCGUCAAGUCUAGGCCUGUCAGCCGUGCCUACUUCCAAGUUCCUCCAUGCUCUGUGACUCUACUGAAGAAUUGGUCAACGGAAGAGCAGCUCAUGCAGAAUGAGGUUUUCAUACAAGUUUUCCAAUCUGCUUGGAGCAGUGUAUCGCCGUGGCAACCUUAACUUUAGCUCUGAUGGGGAUUGCAUCAUCAGUCCUGUGGGCAACAGGAUCUCCAAGUUUGACCUUAAAAACAACAAGUCCGAGACAUUUCCUAUUGAGGCACGGAUGAACAUCAGCUGUGUGGCGCUAUCUCCAGAUGGCAUGACAUGCAUCAUUGUCGAUGAAGAAGGUACAGCAAUGUUAUGCAGUCUAGUCAGCAAGACGGUACUUCAUCAUCUUCACUUCCAUCAACCAGUUUCUGCCGUUAAAUACAGCCCUGAUGGAAAGAAAAUUGCUCUGACAAAGGAGAGGCUUGCCCAGGUUUACCAUGCGCCAGGAAGUACACGAGAAUUUAAUCCAUUAUUGCUGCAUCGGACGUACUAUGGCGCAUAUGAUGAUACAACAUGCAUCGAUUGGUCAUCAGAUUCAAGAGUCUUUGCGGUUGGCUCCAAGGACAUGCACACUCGGGUCUUUGCUGUGUCCGACACGGAACAGUUGAUUAUCUACACGCUAGGAGGACACAAAGACUGUGUGGUUGCCGUCUUCUUUGAAGAAAAUGCACUAGAUCUGUACAGUAUUAGUCGCCAAGGGGAACUUGUCAUCUGGGAAUGUGACACAGACUUAAACGACCUUCAACCCCUGGCUUCGUCAACCAGUAAAUGUAGCAACAAAGCUGAAAGAUCAUUAUCAGCUGAACAAAGAGUAAAGGAGAAAGCAGGGGAGGAUGGGAGCAAGGCACUGUACAAGAAGAUAGCAAGACAUUACCUCAAUAAGGAAGGUGAUUUCACACAGUUGACCUGCGCUGACUACCACAAGAAGAAUCACACGUUGGUGACGGGUUUCGAAUCGGGCACAUUUCAUCUUCAUGAACUGCCUGAAUUCAAUCUCAUACAUUCACUCAGCAUAUCCAACCAAUGUGUUGCAGCAGUCUGUUUCAAUCAGCCGGGUGACUGGAUUGGGUUUGGCUGUUCAGGACUUGGGCAAUUGCUGGUCUGGGAAUGGCAGAGCGAGUGCUAUGUCUUAAAGCAACAGGGCCAUCAUAAUAACAUGAAUUGCCUAGACUUCUCACCAGAUGGUCAGCUCAUUGUCACAGGAGGACAGGACGGAAAGGUGAAAGUAUGGAAUACCAGCAGUGGUCUUUGCUUUGUCACGUUCAGUGAACAUACUGCAUCUAUAGCGGGAGUCACCUUCAGCGGCAAAGCAGGCAAAGUAGUAGUAUCAUCAUCAUUAGAUGGCACGGUCAGGGCCUUUGAUCUAAACAGAUACCGUAAUUUCCGCACAUUCACAUCUCCUCAUCCUGCUCAGUUUGCCUGUCUGGCUGUUGAUUCCAGCGGGCAGUUAGUAGCUGCAGGAGCUCAAGAUAGCUUUGAAGUCUUUGUCUGGUCUAUGCAAACUGGACGAUUGCUGGAGGUUCUCUCAGGCCAUGAAGGACCAGUGUCGAGCCUCAGCUUCAGCUCAGUGGCAGACAUACUGGCUAGUGCAUCCUGGGACAAGACCGUGAAACUCUGGAAUAUUUACGCGCACAAAGCUGCUAGAGAGACUCUACAGGUCUUGACUGAUGGUCUAGCUGUAGCCUUCAGCCCUGAUGGUCAGCAGUUAGCCGUGGCUACAUUAGAUGGUCAGAUUUCAUUCUGGAACGUUCAGACAGCUUCGCAGACGGGGUCUGUUGAUGGCAAGACGGACCUCGGAGGAGGAAGGAGAGAGGGUGAUAUGGUAACAGCAAAGACCUCAUCGGCAGCCAAGUCCUUCAACACUUUGUGUUAUUCAGCUGAUGGCACAUGUGUUCUUGCAGCAGGCAAGUCGAAGCAUGUGUGUAUUUACAACAUACGGGAGCAGAUGCUUGUCAAGAGGUUUGAAGUGUCAUGCAAUCUGUCUCUGGAUGCCAUGGAGGAAUUUUUGAAUCGUCGAAAGAUGACAGAGUUUGGGAACAUUGCCCUGAUUGAGGAAGAAGGGGACAGUUCCCAAGCAGUCAGUUUACCUGGUGUCACUAAGGGAGACAUGAGUUCAAGGUUCUUUAAACCAGAGGUCGACGUGUCAGGGGUCAAAUUUUCACCAACAGGCCGUCAGUUUGCUGCAACAACCACGGAAGGCUUGCUGAUGUACUCACUGGACAAUACCUUGACCUUUGACCCCUUUGAUUUGACCCUUGAGAUUACCCCCGGCUUGGUUCGAGAUACAUUGCAUCGCAAGGAAUGGAGCAGCGCCCUCAUGUUGGGUUUCCGAAUCAACGAAGCGAAGCUGAUUCAGGAGGUGGUGGAGUCGGUACCCCUCGAGCAAGUUGAAUCUGUAUGCCAGAGUCUCCCAAUGACCUAUGUUGAGAAGAUGCUGAGUUUUCUUGCUACUCAACUGGAGUCGUCAGCACAUCUUGAGUUCUAUCUGACCUGGUCUGAGCAUAUCUUGACCCUUCACUGCCCAAGCUUCCAGACUCAGUCGAGUUCAACACAAGCAUUGCUGAGAGCACUGCAAAAAAGCCUGACCAGGAAGUUACAGGAUCUUGGAAAAAUGUGUGACAGCAAUCGUUUCAGCUUACAGUAUAUCAUGACUCUUGCUACGCAAAGAUCUGCUAAACGUUCAGCAAGUGAGAGGAAGACUGAAAGCGAGGUUGAUUCGGACGUGGAACAAGAAACCUGCGAGAUGGAGUCUGAUAGUGAACAAUCAGAUCUGGCUGUCCUUUAUUGAUCCUUGGCCUGACUAGCAAUCAUCAAGAUUGAAGGAGCUUCUAACGUCAGUGGUUCUGCAGUGUGUUAGUUUCUCAAGUUACGAUACCUCCAAUGAUUGCAGUCUUUGUGUGAUGGAGCCCAUCUUGGAAUAAAUAUGAGGACCAAUUAGUUUGCACUCUGCAAAUUCUGAACAGAAUGUCAGAUCACAGCAAUGAUUACAGCUCACUUGCAGUUGUGUACUUUCAUCAGCCAGGAGUUAGGGUAUAAUACCUUGGUCAGACACACUUUAUGUUGAGUGAUCAGGAGUCAGGGAACAAGACUGACUCUAAGUCAUUUCUGCCAUGCUUACUCAUCCUUGCUCAUGAUCAUAAAUAUUGUUAAACCUUGACUUAUUAGUUAUUUAGUCCUUAUUCUCAGUUGAUCUGAUAACCAAUGCAAAUAAAUGUAUCACAGCAAAAUGUGUUGAUUACGAUUGGUUUCUCGCAUGCAAGUGCUGUUCUUUGUGUAGAUGGAUUUGCAUUCAGCCUGUUUUGGAAAUAACAUUUUGCUUCACACAUUCUCAGAAUCACUAUGUAUUCAUUAGAAAGACGUGAGCAGAAAUGUUGUUGAAAGUUGGCAUUUGGAAAUUUGAUAUCUUGAAAUGUACAUGUAGUAGUGACAUAUUUUUUCAGCAUUUAGAGCAAUUGGGCCUACUCCCUUUAAUAUCCGUGUAGUAGUCACGACUGCAGGUGUGUACAUGCACCCGUCAGCAACAUCAGACUUACAACUACUACUGGUGGACACUGUCAGAGUGUCAUAAAAGGGUUGUGAGGUAAUCAACAAAAGGCCCUUGUCUUGAACAAUCACCUGUUAGUGCCUGCAAGCUGUGUCUUCACUCCUUUAAUGCAUUGGGAGGUUGUGAUCUGUAUUGUUACUGGGCUUGCCUUCUGCUCCUUAAGUUGUGAAAAACACAUUUGGUGUAAGUAAUAUGAACCGUCCGUGAUAUCAAAUUCAACUGUUUGGAUAAUAUUAUAGUGUGUUGAACUCGUUAUUUUUAUUCUGCACAGAAUAAAGCAGUUCGCAAAAUGUACUGAAAGAUAUCAAA